AUGAAUGUAUCUUCUUCACAAAGGAGCUCGUCGGAUCUUCAAGGUUUUAAUGACGUACGUUCGAUGUUUAAGGAAACGUUACCCCAGAAAAGCGGAUCUCCAUGGCUGAUGCUUUUUCCGAAAGACGGUGGUUGUGUGCUAUACGACCCGAAAGAAGGAAAGAAGAUCCAUAGGAACCUGCGAGACUUUCCAGGGUCUCGAAUCCUGGCAAACUCGGGUAACUGGUUGUUGUUGUUAGAUUCUGGAUCCAAUUUAUUUAUCAUUGAUGUGUUUAGCGAGAAAUCGAUCCCUCUUCCGUCUCUAGAGUCGAUUAGGUCAAAGACUAGUAAGAUCAAGCGUGUGGGAGAUAGAAAAUUUGAAAGGGAUGAUAGUGGCUGUAUUUUCGAUGAGCUGAGUUCUGAUGUUGUGAGGGGCCUUUUGUGGGUAGACAAGAGUGGAUCAGAGUACGUUGUGGUGUGGUUCUUUGACCUUCCUGGCCACGCUUAUAUAAGCUUUUGCAAGAAAGGGGAUACUCAUUACACUGACAUUCCUCUGUAUUACCCAGACGACCACUGGUUGGACGGUUUAUCUUAUAUGGUACUAGGGCGUGACCGUCUUUAUAUCUCGACAAGUCGACGUUAUAUUCAAGUCCUAGAUCUCUCUGGACCGCAAGGUUUCUUCAAGGACAUCACCGAGGGCAAACCAUUCCCAAUGCUUUCUCGUUAUCAAUCAUGGGAUUCUAGCAUUGCGGUUACAACCUCAGGAGAGGUUUUGUUGGUUGAGAGUGAUCCAUGCCAGAGGAACUGCUUCCGCGUCUACAAGAAGAAUCUUAAUGUAAAAGACCCAGAUUCUGCCAGCAACACGGUUCGUGAAGUAUAUUCUCUUGAUGGUGAGGCUCUGCUUCUUGACUUGGGUUUUACUGUGCCUGCUAACGAUACCCUUGGUAUCGAACCAGACUCCAUCUAUUUCACCCGUCACUACCGUCCCUGCCAAUGCUCACCUUGUGACCUUGACAUCUGUGUGUUCAAUCUUGUAACCAAGUCCCUCAAACGCUUUCCUGGUCUUGACGACAUGAAUCUCAUGGAUGCUCGAUGGUUUCUCCCUGGGAAUUAA